UGACCUAUAAUAACAUUCCAUUAAACUACAAAACAAACUUACUUUCCACCUAAAACAAGUAAUACUAUAUAAACUCACAUUUUGCCACACUUUAAACUCAUCCCAUCAACAUUCCCUCCACAUUCAAUUCUCCUAGCUAUUUCCUACAAUUCCUACAACUUUAAUUUUGGUCCUAAAAAACUAGUUAUGUCUAGGAAAAAACUAUUUCUUUCAAUUCUCCUGCUUUUUUUGUUACAUUGUUCAAUCUACCAAAGAUUAUGCCAUGGGAAAGGUCAUAGUGAUCAUCAUCAUCAAAAACAUGGUAAAAUCCAUCAUGUAAAGCACCGAAAACCGAACCCGAAACAAUUAACCAUUAAUAUGACACAAACAUAUAACUCAGAAAAACAGUUUAUGAAGUGGGUUAAUUUUGUUGGUAGUCUUAAACAUACCCUUUUUAAAACAGCCAAAAAUAAGCUAUUUCCUUCUUACACUUUGACUGUUAGUAAAAACCCUGUUACUGGAGAUUUUACUACUAUUCAAGAUGCCAUUGACUCUCUUCCCGCCAUUAAUCUUGUUAGAGUUGUUAUCAAGGUUAAAGCUGGAACUUACACGGAGAAGGUGAACAUACCCCCACUAAAAUCUUUCAUAACCAUACAAGGGGAAGGAGCAGAUAACACAAUAGUCCAAUGGGGAGACACAGCAAAAACAAUUGGGCCCAAUGGCAAACCUUUGGGAACUUACAGUUCAGCUACAUUUGCUGUUAAUUCUCUUUAUUUCAUGGCCAAGAACAUCACCUUCAAGAAUACCACUCCAUUACCAGCAUCAGGAGCACAAAGUGUACAAGCAGUGGCAUUCAGAAUAUCAGCAGAUACGGCUGCUUUUAUAGGAUGUAAAUUUUUAGGAGCACAAGACACUCUUUAUGAUCAUUUUGGCAGGCAUUAUUACAAAGAUUGCUACAUUGAGGGCUCUGUUGAUUUCAUCUUUGGCAAUGGCCUCUCUCUUUUUGAGGGAUGUCAUGUGCACGCAAUAGCACAAAGAUACGGGGCAGUAACAGCGCAAGGAAGAAGUAGCAUGUUAGAUGAUACUGGUUUCUCUUUUAUUAACUGUAAGGUCACGGGCUCAGGUGCUUUGUACCUUGGUAGGGCUUGGGGUCCCUUCUCUAGGGUCGUCUUCGCUUUCACUUACAUUGACAACAUCAUCAUUCCCGCUGGCUGGUAUAAUUGGGGUGACCCUAACCGCGAAUUGACGGUGUUUUACGGACAAUACAAGUGCACAGGUCCGGGGGCAAAUUUUGCCGGGAGAGUAGCAUGGUCUAGAGAACUUACCGAUGAAGAAGCGGGGCCUUUUAUCUCGCUUAGCUUCAUUGAUGGUUCCGAAUGGAUUAAUUCAUUGUAAAUUAUCAGACUAGUGUAAUUUUUGAAAUAAUAAUAAUUUAAUUAGCAUUGGUUGU